GGCAGGUGCUGCAAGUGUUCGAGCAGUACCAGCGCGCCCGGACGCAGUUCGUGCAGGCGGUGGCCGAGCUGUCCGCCAGGCCGCAGAACGCCGAGACCCUGAGGAGCGCAGAUCGUAGAGGAGUACUGAAAGGCACGCGUCCCCGCACUGACUCCUGCAGGACCUGCACUGUGACCUCCUCCCUCCUAUUGCAAGAAUGGAAAGUUUACUGCUGCCAUUUCCUAUUUUCAAAUGUUUAUUCAUAGGAUUUUUGUACCUAUGAAAAACGGGCAGAAACAUUGCUAUGCAUCAGCAGUGCUAUCCAAGUGCCGACUUCAUUUCAGUGGAACACCUGAAUUUCCUACAAGUUCUUUUUACCUGGAAGAGUGUAAUGUCUUUGCUGAGACCUCUUUUGCUGGAUGUGGUCCCAACUAUUCAACAGACGGCUGCUUUGGCUCUCGGGAGACUUGCCAAUUAUAACGAUGACCUGGCAGAGGCAGUCGUGAAGGGAGACAUUCUUCCACAGCUCGUGUGUUCAUUGUCUGAGCAGAAUCGUUUUUACAAGAAAGCAGCUGCAUUUGUGCUAAGAGCAGUUGGUAAACAUUCUCCACAGCUAGCUCAGGCAGUAGUUCAGUGUGGAGCACUGGAAACACUUGCAAUUUGCCUGGAAGAUUUUGACCCUGGAGUCAAAGAAGCUGCAGCUUGGGCACUCGGGUAUAUUGCCCGACACAAUUCAGAACUGUCACAAGCUGUGGUGGAUGCAGGAGCUGUUCCUCUUUUAGUGCUCUGUAUCCAGGAGCCAGAAAUUGCUUUGAAAAGGAUUGCUGCUUCAACUCUCAGUGAUAUUUCAAAGCAUUCUCCAGAGUUAGCACAGACAGUAGUGGAUGCAGGAGCUAUCGCUCACUUAGCUCAGAUGAUCCUGAACCCUGAUGCUAAACUGAAGCGUCAGGUGCUGUCAGCGCUAAGCCAAAUAGCAAAGCAUUCAGUGGAUCUUGCAGAGUUGGUGGUUGAAGCAGAAAUUUUCCCAGUUGUGCUCACAUGCCUGAAGGACUCAGAUGAAUAUGUCAAGAAAAAUGGUGCAACUUUAAUUAGAGAGAUAGCAAAGCAUACGCCUGAGCUUUCACAGUUUAUAGUAAAUGCAGGUGGAGUUGCUGCUGUGAUUGAUUGUAUUGGCAGCUGCAGAGGGACUGUCAGACUGCCUGGCAUCAUGAUGCUUGGUUAUGUAGCAGCUCAUUCCGAGAACCUGUCAAUGGCAGUGAUUGUCUCCAAGGGAAUACCACCACUGUGUACCUGCUUGGUAGAAGAACAAGAAGAUCAUAUUAAGGCAGCAGCUGCUUGGGCCUUGGGACAGGUUGGAAGACAUACUCCUGAGCAUGCACGUGCUGUGGCAGUAGCAAACGUGCUACCCACACUGCUUUCUAUGUAUAUGGACACACACAGUUCGGAAGAUCUUCAAGUGAAAACUAAAAGAGCGUUAAAGAACAUACUUCAGAAAUGCACAUAUCUUCCAGCACUUGAACCAUUGCUGCAUGAUGCCCCUCCCAAUAUUAUGAAACACAUUGUUGGGCAGUUUAGCAAGGUGUUACCACAUGACAGUAAAGCACGUCGUCUCUUUGUAACAACUGGUGGGCUUAAAAAGGUUCAAGAAAUAAAAGCAGAACCCGGGUCACUUCUUCAGGAGUAUAUCAACACUAUUAACAAUUGCUUUCCAGAGGAAAUAGUAAGGUAUUAUUCCCCUGGAUAUUCUGAGAUACUUCUGGAACGGGUGGAAAAUUACCAGCCAGUUUUAUAAACUUCAAUUUUUUAUUAGAGCUGUAUUUCACAUUUAUGCUUUUAUGACUGUAAUACAAAUACAGCUGUUGAAACUCUUGUUAGAUUCUGAAAUCUCCUUCUACUGUUUGAACCACUGAAAAAGCUCAGCACUUCCAGCAAGCUGUAUUUUGUUUCUUAUAAAAUUAUUGCUAAGUUUUUGUUCCUAUUUAUUUUUUUUUCUCUAACUUUACUACCACAUACUGCAGCAUAUAUCAAUGGAAUUUCAUGCAGGGGUGAUGAUUUAUCACAAAGCUUUUUUAGAGUCAGUCACUUCCUCUUCCUUCCACAAGAAAGGUUUGUUAUUAUCUCAUUCAAAUUUUAUCCUUCUCAGUACUUUAUCGAUUUUUUCCCCCUUUUGCCUUUGCAUAUUGUUUAGAGCUUCCCAAGCUUGAGAGCAGGAGGAAAAAGUUGUCCCUUGUGUCUUUUCUAAUUAUGGAAUCCAUUCUGCACUGAGAUAUUUCCUACCAUUACCUUUCAGAAAGUGAAGUGAUACGAUUUUGCAUCCCCAAACAUGCUACUAGCUGCUAAAUAAAGAGGUAAUCAAAUCUGAUGACGAUAAAAGGGCUCUAUUCUGCAUGCUACAAUAGUGUGGUGGUCCUGCCAUGCUAGAUAGUACACCUCCUGCAGAAGUCCUCCUAAUUAAGGCAGGAUUACGUGGAGGGGUGGAACAAUGCAUUGUUUGGUGUAUGCAUCGUUGUUCCUCUUGGAAGGGACAGAGUGAACUCGGAGCUUCUAUGGGUACAAAGGGAGAGAAGGACCCUGUGAGGUUCUGCCCCAUGUGGAUCAGCAGUGCUUGGGCAACUCAGGAAGAGAGGAGAAAUGCUUGGCUGUGGGAAUACUGUUAGCAAAGCUUUGAGCUCAUUCAGAGGAAACCUGACGAUACUUGGGUCCCACUGAUUUGGUGCACUAAGACGGCUCAGUACUUAUUCUUCAAGUGAUGAAACUGCUGCAGAAUUGAGUAGAAACACACUUGGAACUUAAACUUACAGAUCACAUAGAUGUGGAGGUUAUUGGAGGUAUGAACCGUUAGAUGUAGAACAUCCAGGAAAUAUUUGUGCCCUCUUAUGGAGAGUGAAAAGACUGUUAUAUUUUUCUUACUCUUCUGGUGUACUGUAGCAGCAGGGAGCAUCAUACAACCCUUUAGUAUUCAUCAAGUAAUAGGUAAUUGUCACUUACUAUUUUUUGUUCUUCUAACCAUUUUUCUCUUCUUAGUAUGCAGCAGUUUCUAUUUUUUUUCUCUUUUCCCAAAGAGCAAUAUGCAGCGUUUCUGGAAUGGGAUGUUGAAAUGCUGGCAGCUGCAAGGGAAUACAAUACUUGAAAACCCCUGCAGGAGAAACUUGUCUACUUUCUUAAACAUAUUAACUGAAUGAGUUUAUAAAACAGGGAUAGUCUCUUCUAUUACUUGUAAAAAAGGGAGCAGAGACUUACUGCAGUUGGAAAUGAUUUAGAGUGGGUUUUCCCUGCCAAAUUCCAAAUGACUAUUUCUUCUUGUCAGCAUAUUUUUCAACAGUUCACAAAAACAUUGAUGGGCUAUCUUGUGCUAAGGUUUAAUUCUACAGAGGGCUAUGCCGCUGGUCUGAGGUACUCGGUGCUCUCAGACUUGUCUGAGAAGCAGGGGAUGCCCAGUAGCUGGCUGUAUGGCACACAGCUGAGAUGGAAAAUGUUGGUCUCAUGAAUGCUGAUGUAUAAAACCACACCAUCUGGGUUCUUGCCUUAGCCUACACCAGAAUGAGAAGUCUUAGAAUUGACUAACCAUGUGCCUUUUCCUUUUUGGUUUUUAUAUUUUGUCAUUAUUGAUGUUACAACACUGGUGGAAAAACAUUAGGUCUAUUAAGAAAAUCGUUGUAAUACUCAAUAGAUUUUGCGUUAUUUGCAAAAUGCAUUAUGGAUAUUUAAAAAUCAAAUGUUGUACAAUCUCUGAGAGAAAAUGUACUGCAAGGGCUUCCAGAGAGCAUUGAAGGAUCUGAAGCCCUUAUUUUCCCUAAUAGAACAGAAAUCCUGUAGAGGGCUGAAUGCAGUUGCAGGCCACAUGGGAGGCAGGGUAGGCAUUUAGCUGUGUGCCCGUAGCUGCGUCUUGUGUUUGGGAGCACACCCACAACACACAGUGCUAAUGUAUGUGUUCUGUGUGGAGAGAGCAAAGAGGCUUCAGUCUCCUGACAAAGGUGCUACACUGUAGUGAUUCCACAGGGUUAAAUUUCAAUGCCUAAACCAUUUGUCCACAUUUUUUUUUUGCAGCCUUUUACUGAUUGCUGACAAAGGAAAUGAUUGCACAAGGCAAACCUUCAAAGUGAUUUGAUUUCGCAGGGUGCAAUCUCAAUCAGAUGUAGCAUACGUACAUCUUCACACCAGUUGCGCAGUCCUGUCCUAGGCUGGUGGAGCUGUUUGGCCUCUUGUUGCGGGUCUCCCUCCUGGAUGAUGCCACAUCCCAUCAGGCUGUGGCAGUGCAAAGUCCUCUCCCACAUACUUGGAGAAGCCCUCAGCUCUCCUAUGCUGGCAGGCUGCUCCCCUGCAUUGUACAUACACCCUGUGGCUGGAAGCUUCCCUGGCGGUGCACAUCUGCACAAGGCAGAUCUAGGCCUUUGCAACAGAGUUAUCACUAAUUUGUAUUUUAAGCUUACUUUACUAGGGCAAGAGUUGCUUUUUUAUUUUUUUUUUCCCUGUAUUAUUUCACAGGCUCCAGUGUAUGGUGUUUCUAUUCUGCCCUCUUGUUUGACUUAACUCGUCAUCUAAAACUAUAUUAAUGUUUGUAAUUGCUACUCUGGCAAGCUUCAAGUGUGUACCAUUUGUCUCAAUUUCAUAGAAUAAAAUGUAGAUUUGCAUUUUAA